GCUCGUGAGAAAACCGUUUUUUUUCCUACCCCGUGUCUUAAAAAGAUCGCUUUAAAUCUGUGAGCGGGCGUCGAGCGUGGCAGCGACCGCGUCCAGUCCCCGUGUUCUCGCCGUCGCCCCGUGUUCCACUGUGUUGACGGAUGAAUCCGGACAUUUUCAUGUCUGUUCUGUGGGCAGAACCUCGCUGCCCUGCUAGAACCGGGCCCAAGCCCUCCUUCGUUCUCUUCUGUUGGGCCAAGCUAAAUUCAGAGCAAAGACACUCACACAAGGGUAUCGAACGCACAUAGAUCCUCUUUUUAUUUCUGUCUCUUUGUCACCACUUUCUCGCUAGAUCACUCUUUUGUGAAUGCCUUCACAUGCUCAUUUAUUGAACACAGCUCUAGCUGGACGUUUUUUCUUAAAGAGUAAACACUGUUUAUUGUCCGUUUAACAGCUUAAUUAGUCUGUCCACAACUUAUAAGCUCACAAUUUAAUGGAUUUUAACCCAAAAUUUCCAGCAUAUUGACCUUUAUCGAUUCUCUUCAUAUAAACUUAAUGAAAGGAAGAGUUUGUUUAUUGUAAAAUUGGAAGCAUAGUGUGAAAAAAUACAGACUAAGCUGAGAUCUCUGAAGCUGUUGUUUACAGACACCAGACACACAGCGCUCCAUCUUUGAUUAGAUUUUUUUUUAAACAAACCUUUUCCAUUAUAUGAUUUCAAAUAACAGUUAUACACGCAGGACAACAGAAGUGCCAAACUCAAAAAGGAAAACAUCCAACGUCUGUUAAAGCUCAUCAAAAACAAAGUUUACAUACAGCGCUAAAUGUUUACAGACUACACUUUCCAUACGUGAAUCAUAAUUAACACCGUGCCAUAAACAACAACAAGAAAACUCUCCAUUAGGAAAUACAGAAAACUCUUUUUUCGAAAAGAGUCUUGUAUUAAAAGAGUUUCCAGUUUAAUAAUUUUGUUUACAGUAAAAAUAAUUACUGCCUAUUUUAAAGAUUUUGAAUUUUGGCCUAGAGACUGUAAAAACUGACAGACCAAACUUUAAUAUCCGACACCUGCUGCCAUAAAAACAAACCACAUUAUUCUAUAUUUAUAAUCGGUUGAAGUGUUCAUUUCGAUUGAUUAUAAGGGCCUAAAAACUCUGAAAGACCUCAAUGUUUACAAAAGCUGCUUAAAGGAAGGAUUUGUAUUCAGAGAGAAUUGUUUACAUUAAGCUGAAAGAGUGAAAUGCCAAACACGUUCAUGAUCGUCGCUUGAACUGAGUGAAUCUCGAAGAGGGACCUUUGCUCCUGUGCAGUUUGACUGAACAAGAAGCAAAUAGUUCAUCAGACUUUUCAUACACACUUUUUAUAAAGGAAAAGGACCCUGACAACACCAGGAGCUGUUUAUGUGAUUCUUUUUUUCAACAGCAGCUCAAGAACUUUGUGAUAAAACAAUGAACGCUACAACUCCAGGAGGGAUGUUUUGCCUGUCCCUUCUGCUUUGCUCCUGCCUCAGUGUUUCCACGGUAACCGUCACCACGGAGCGCCGCGCUGUUGACAGCGAUGUCAGGACUCUGACCGGCGGCAGUAGCUCUGCUGCGGCCGGGAAAAGGAGCACCACCCUGUUCCUUCUGACGGGCUACAAGCCGCCGCUGCCUCCUCUUCCUGCCGGACCCAAAGUGGCGCCGAAAGCGGCCGAGGUGGAGGACGGAGAUGACCCACCAGUCGUGGCUGAGCUUCCCCCAAAGCCCCUCCCUCAGACCAUGUUGCCAAGGAACAUGACUGCCGACGCCCUGAGGCCUCCGCUCGGAGCUGCCCAGGUGGCUCCGCCUCCCAGACAGCUGGUGGAUGUGGAUGUGUGCAAGGGUUACUACGAUGUGAUGGGGCACUUUGACACCACCUUCAACUGCUCCAAGGGCAGCUACAUCUACUGCUGCGGGACCUGCCACUACCGCUUCUGCUGCGAGCACCAGAGGAGCCGGCUGGACCAGGAGGCCUGCAACAAUUACAUCUCCCCCAUCUGGGCCGAGCCGCAGGUGCCCGUCACCGUGAACCCGGACACCAAGCGCGACCCGGACUUUGAGACGCUGCAGCAGCAAAACAGCAGUACGGCGUAUGUGAUUGGAGGCGUGAUCUCCUUCACGCUGGUGGUGGCCGUGGGCGUCAGGAUCGCCUUCAGCAAGGUGGCACGGCGACCCCGCAACAGAGACAUCAACAUGCCCAGAUCUCUGGUGGACAUCUUGCGUCACCAGUCGAGCCCGGUGCAGCAGGGAGAGAGGAACAACUCCACGGGGCUGACCACCUCCUCAGACGGACGGACGUCUAAAAACCUUUACACCCCCAUCCUGCAGGGCAAAGACAACCGCAAGCGUGGAGCCCGUAUGAACAACACCUCCCAGCUCUCCUCCGGACCCUCCCUGCUGUCAGGUAGCGGUAAAGGUAGCGGUAAAGGUCCCGGCGGGGGCGGCAGCAGCAUGGGAGGGAGCAUGAGGCACAACAGCAGCCACCCGUCCUUCUCCCACUCCUUCCACAACCUCGCCCAGCUGCCGCCGUCCUACGAGGCUGCCAUGAAACCCGAGAUCAACCGCUACAGCUCCCUGAAGAGGCUGGAGAAAGAACUCGACGAGUACUCGAGCUACUACAACUCCAAACGUCGCUCCAACAACGGUCCGCCCUCCUUCUACUCCUCGCAGCAUUACCUGCCGUUCGGAGGCGAAUACACGCUGGGUUCUCGGGGCACGCUGCCUCUCCACGGCUCCCGGCCCCGCCUCCACAUCCCGGCCUCCACCCCGAAUCCGUACCCGCUGCCCGCCCAGACGCACUACACCAGCUCCUCAUUCGACAGGCCGCCGCGACGUGUCCGCUCCCAGGACCAGCUGCUGGCUUUAGGGGAGGGCAACACGCUGUCCCGCCUGUCAAAGAACCAGCAGCACCAGUACUACAAAGCCAUGAUGAGCAGCAGCAGGGGCCCCAACUCGCAGACGCUCCGCAGGUCCCACGAGAGGCUUCUGGUGUCACCUGACCGUCUGGAGGACCGGCUGAUGAUGGGCCUGCUGAUGGGAGGGGGAGGAGGUGAGAGGAGCGGCAUGGUGCCCACUAUGGGCCGGCUCAGCCACCACCAGAAGGCCCAGUCGCAGCAGAACAUCUGCGUCACGCCAUCCAUGGAGCGCCACCACAUGAUCAAGAUGAACUCCCACCCGACACCGGGCCACGACCACGAUCGUGACCGUGAUCGUGACCGUGAUCGUGAUCGUGAUCGUGAUCGCGACCGUGACCGUAGCUCCGCCCCCAUGCCGGGGAUGGGCAUGCAUGGCGGCUGGGACCCCCACGGCGGGGGCGGAGGUGGCCACCCCAACUCCCGGCGGAUGGCUUUCGCCAACAAGAGGCAGAACACCAUCGAGCAGCUGCACUUCAUCCCCGGAGGCGGAGGAGUGCAGGGACUGCGGACUGGGAGUAAGAACGAGGUGACAGUGUGAGAGGAAGAGGGAGGUGCAGAGAGAGGAAGAAGAGAGUAGAGAGGUGAAGCUGAAAAGAAGCUGAAGAGGCUUUUAGUGGAGAGAUGAGCAGGAGGAAAGAGGUUCAAUCUCAGCUGGCUGCCUCACAGGGCUGAACAAACAGCCCCCCCCCUUUCCCUUCAUAAAACAAAAAGUGGUGGAUGACAUCACUAAUCUCACACUGAGUAUAACCAAUUGAUUUCUCACCCUCGUCACCUUGUGUGUUGAAAAAGAGAAUAUCCAGCCAUUCUUUUGAAAAGGGAAGACAGAAAUGUCGAUUUAAAAAGAGCAAAAAAUAUCACCUGAAUGCAGCGUAAAGGCUGCCGGGUAUUCGCUGUGACUUUAUUUGAAGGAUACCAGCCGAGUGAAAUUCGUUGAAAAUGUCCUUGAGUUUUAUUGCACUGUCCUCUGAGUCCUCGAGCUCCGACAGAUUCAUCUGUCUUUGAAUCCAACGCGGAUGAUGGAGAGCGCUGAGCCGGAGACAGACGGGUUUGCUUGUCCUUUGUAUUUAUGAAAAGUAUUUAAAAACCAAACAAGUUGCUUUUGUAUGAAAUGAACCUGAUGAUAUUAAUAGUACCAACAUUACUGAGCCAUGUAAGACAUUGUGUAUACUUGGUUUUAUUAAUCCUUUAGCAGGCCAGUUUAUAACCUUUCGACUGGUCAUGUGACCUUUUUUCCUUAGUUGUGAUUGGACUAUCAUUAAAGGAAAACAUUCUUUACAACAAAAAUGUAACCAAGAACAGUUAGCUUUCACAUGACUGCCUUUAUGGCUCUAGUUAACCUAUAUAAAAUACAAUAAUUUGGAAUAAAAAAUCAAGACCUUCAUUGAUUCAACCUGCUAUAUAAAGGCCCGGUCACAGCAGCAGCAUUGGCAAAAUCAACAGAUUUUUGUGAAAUUGCUAGAAUUAACGUAAUGAAUUGUUUGACUUUAUUGUCCUAUUUGUGGCCGAGCUCACAAGCCGGCAGUUAGCAAAAAAUCUGCCGAUAUCAGAAACCUUUUUUAUCCUCUCCAAUCAAAUCAUUGACUGAAAUGACCCAGCUCAGAAAAAAAAGGAAGUUAGCUGUAGUGCUCCCUGCUUGCUAGCGUGUUCGUUAGCUCGUUAUCUACUGUAGUUCACCAACUAGGCCUGCGAGUGUUCACUAUGUCCCCACGUUUUUUUUAUCUAAGACAUGCAGAUUAACAUUGCUACUGCACCACUUUAUAGAAUGGCCGGGCCUUCAAAGUAAAAUCCACUCUGCAGUAUGGUUUUAGCUUAACUUUGUACAGUAAAUUCUAGUGGGUGUAUAUCAUGGAUUAAACAUUGUUGUGUGACCCUUUGAUUAGUCAAAAAAGAAAAAGUUGUUUUAAUUAGACCAUUCUCAAAGAUUGACUAUCCUCAUGCAGACUCUGGCGGACCCUCUAACGCUGUUUCAAAACGUCUCAUUGUGAGUUUCAAGGGGUUCUUUGUGCCACUGACCGGCUACGAUCGCCACAUGUCACCUGCAAGUUGAGCUGCUCUCCUCAUAUGAAGGAAAGGGGGGGGGGGCAGAUGGGUUUUCGGAAGGGGACAAUGGACACUUCACACCAAGGGCUAUACCGAAUUAUCUUUGUGUGUCUGUGCUCUUUCCAGUGUCUGCUUCUCAUUUCCAUUUCCUCUGCGUGUCUAUGUCGGCAGGCAUGCUGUGCACAUUAUUUUUUUCUUCCUCUGUAGAAAGAAAAUAUAUAAACAUGCAAGGAAAUUCUAUAAAGCAAAUGAACUAGAUGUAAAAAACACACGACCAUGAUUACAUUCUUAUGUCGCUGGAGGAUAUGUUGGCCAUGAUGAUGUCAUAUUUUGUACUUUUUUUUUCUGGCUGUGAGAUGGACCUUCUUGCCUUCUGGGCUGGAUCUCCCCUUUACGGGUUUUAAGGGACUCAUGAGGCCUUGUUUGAGGUUUUCAGCUUCCCCCUCGAUAAAGACAGACAUGAUUGAAUACUGAGCGACGCUUCUUGCCAGCCAUUUUUAGUUUUUUCCUACAACACACGUGCUCAUGUUGAUGGUUUAUGAUCAUACGUGUAAAGAUUCCCCCUUGAUCAGACGACGAACGCUCUUAUCAUGAUUUAUUUAUUUCAUUUAUUUAUUCAUUUAAACAUGUAUUUAUUUUUUAAACCUCUGUGAAGUUCAAUGUAUAAUCCUGGAUUUUCAAUAUCCAAACUUUCCUAGUGGAAUUAAGAAGGAAAAAAACAAAAAAACAUUUGUAUUCUCCAGAACAAAAAGAGCUGAUGCAAUCAAAAAGAGAAAAGAUGAACCGCAUGCCGACGUCAGAAGCCAGUGUUGAUGAUGUCAUAGUGCUGACUUAUGAUGUCACGGCGUGUAUGUGUGUAAAUGUACAUGCGUCUGUUUUAAUUUGUGUGCCCGUGUGUAACUCUCAGUGUCUUCUUCUUAGGAAUGCAGAAUCUCAUUUUUGACCAAAAGUUUGGGUCUUGUCUUCAUCUCACGAGGACGAUUUGAAGACCCGAGACAAGGUCGUUUACGUGUUCAUAUCAACUUGUGAUGAAAUUUGAAAAAAAGGCCUGUCGUUGUUUAGCUAAAAGAAGAAAACAAAAAGGGGACAUUGAUCAAUCACAGCUUUUUUCUUGUCGAGAUACAUUCACCAAAGCGAGGACUUUUGAAAUGUUUGUAAAUGAUCAAAGGCCUAUAUUGUGUCAAGUUUUUGGUAUUUGAUUAGAAGUGAAACGGCCGUGAGUUUGUGUCUCUGCUAAAUAUGUAUCUGCAAAAAGCGAUUUGUUUUCCAUGAACAAGCUGCUCAUUUGUGCUCAUUCUUACAGAACUUUCGGGGCACAGGUGGAAAUACAGUAUUAGGAGCAAGGUUGGGUUUUGCUAAAGUGGGUUGUGGGGGAGAAUGUGUUGUGUUUGGCUGACAGGACUGGAAAGGCCCUGUGGUUUUUACAACAAAAACAUCUCAUUAACUUUUAAAAGAGAAAGAGGCAAAAAAGGGGGGAAAUGUAAAUUACACGUGAAAUUCAGUUGUAUUUCUAAUGUCUCAUCCUUCCUCAUACCUUAUGACACAGAUGUUGUAAUCCAUGUUCAGUAAAUUGCUCCCCUGAUGAUUAAACCGUGUGCCUGUACGUGUGUGCGUGUGCGCAGUUGUGUGUGAGUGUGUUCACCACUGGGAGGGGGAGGCAUGGGCAUAUUUGUAUUCUCAAAGCUACUCUGCAUACCUCAAAUUGUAUGAUACAUUUAUUUAUUACAUCCCCUUAUAUGUGUAUUUCCAAGAAUAUCCAAACAGAGGUCUCACAGAUGUGCAACCCUUUUGUUAACGGUGAUCAAUUCUUGAGUUUGUAGGAACCAUACUGUUUAAUUGAUAAUAACAAUAAAAAAAAA